UUCAGUUUGUUUAGUGACCAUUAGGCGGAGUUUAAGAGAACAUAUACGAAACGUUUAAGGAUUACGCGAUCGCGCUCACCCACAGUACAACAGAAUUCGGCAAAAUGUCCUCCGAUAUACAAGAUUAUUAUCGUAACAAGACGGUGUUCGUAACAGGAGGCACCGGUUUUAUGGGAAUAGUACUCAUUGAAAAAUUACUGCGAGCAACCGAGGUUAAACGCAUUUACAUGAUGGUACGUCCCAAAGCUGGCAAAAGUAUUGAGGAACGUUUGACUAAUUUCUGCCAAAAUGUGGUCUUCGAAAAGUUGAGAAAUACAGGUGUCACACUAACGGACCGAGUUCAUGUGAUUUUAGGCGACUGCCAAACUCCCAAACUCGGCAUUUCCGUCGAGGAUCGUAAAGCAUUAAUUGCGGAGGUGAAUGUGGUGUUUCAUCUUGCGGCCACAGUGCGCUUCGAUGAGCCGCUGCAAAAAGCGCUUAACAUAAAUGUACGUGCCACAUUGGAAUUACUUGAGUUGGCCAAAGAAAUGCGAAACCUUGAAGCCUGUGUGCAUGUCUCAUCAGCGUUCGCCAACUGUGUGGUGCACUCAAUCGAUGAAAAAUAUUAUGUCAACAAAUUGGGCAUUGGCGCGGUUCAAAUGUGUGAGCUGGCGGACAGUUUGAGUAUCGAGACGACGAAUAAGCUGGCAACUGUACUUUGUGCGGAAUAUAAAAACACAUAUACAUUCACGAAGUCUCUAGCCGAGGAAGCGGUUCUCACUGUGGGGCGUGCCCUGCCAAUUAGCAUAUUUCGGCCUGCCAUAGUUGUGCCAACCUAUAAAGAACCUGUUACCGGCUGGGCCGGCAACUACUAUGGACCUACGGCGGCGCUGUACGCAUCCGCACGUGGCGUUCUACGUGUAAUGCAAAUGAGGUCGGAACAUAGGGCACAUCUGGUGCCGGCAGAUUCCUGUGCCAGCUUAAUGCUGGCCAUCGGUUGGGAAACUGCGCGCUCAGAUCAGCGACAACGUUUAAAUUUGGCGCCACCGAUUUACAACUACACAAAUGACGAUGAGAAUCCACUGCUCUGGAAACAAUAUAUGAAAACCAUUACGGAUUUUGGAGCCGUAAUGCCUAUUGUUCAAAUGAUUUGGUUUCCGUUUAUGAUAACCGUUGGCCAGAAAUGGUUAUAUGAUAUAUUGACAUUUUUCUAUCACACAAUACCCGGUUAUAUAAUUGAUUUCCUACUCACGCUAAAGGGCAAGCGAAGAAGAAUGAUCAAACUCUAUCGAAGCAUACACAAACUGACUGGCGCAAUGGAAUACUUCAUUGUAACUGAAUUCUCAUUUACUAUGGACAACACCAAAUCAUUGUGGGACUCGUUGUCCACCAUAGAUAAGGAAAUUUUCAACUUUGACAUGCGGUCCAUAAACUGGAGGGAAUAUUUAGAGUUCUCCCUGGCAGGCAUGCGCUUAUAUUUGGCUAACGAGGGACCAGAAACUGUAGCAAGGGCGCAAAAAAUGUAUAGGAGAUUUAAGAUUUUACACCAACUGUUGCGAGCGCUAUUGAUCGGUCUUUUCGCCUUCUUAGUAUGGAUUGUAGCAAGUAAAUUGUUUCUGUAA